AGCGCUUUUGGCUCAAAAUCUUCCGCGCCCCACCCGUCUCUGACCCCAAAAUGCGCACCUCCGUUGUGGCGGCAGCAGUGGGGGCAGCUGUGGCGCAGCUGCUGACGCUGGGCAUCCCUUCCCGGGCGGCCUGGGCCUGGGCGAACAGCCCCCCCAAGUGCAAGCUGCCAGAGGGCGCCACCUGGACCUUCGACGGCGCCACCACGGUGACAGCCGGUACCAUGGCCAACGUGAUGUGCAGCGCAGGCAAUGCCUCGGUGGCCACGGUGAGCUGCCCCGCCAGCACCGGGAUGAGCGGGGACACUCCCUGGUGGUCGACCUGCGCCUUCGGAUGGGAAGGGGUUGGCAAGUUUAAGGUGAUGGGACUCUGGAACUUGUUGAGGACGAAGUUACACUAUAACCUACUGAUCAAGAUCUGCAGGUACACACAUAAAAUUAUUCCGCAUAGAAGUGUCUGAAGGGUGUGCCCAUGGCCUCAGGUGGCCAUGGCGGCUCCUGCAUGAAUGACGAGGUGAUUGGUGCGAUGGUGACCUGCAGCGGUGACACCACAACCACCACCACCACCACGACCACGAUGUCGGGAUCUUCUACCACGGGGGCUUCGGUUGGGGCAGCCCAUGGCUACGGCGCCAGCGCCUGCUUUGCCAGCCUGGCGCUGCUGGCGGCGCUCUGGAUUUCGCAAGUGAUCGCCAAUGGACACCUGUGCGACCGGCGAGCAGCCUGCGCAGCAGCAAAGCUGGUGCACAAGAAGGUAGGGAUGGCGCCCCCCGAGCUGGGGACCCUCUUCUACGUGGAGGAGGCAAAGUACAAAGCGGAGAAGGCUUUGAUCGCGGCCAAGUUCACUGGCUCUGCCCUUCAAACUAAGAAGUUUGAUCCCCAGAAAGACGCCAAGAAGCCCGACUUUCUUGCCAAGAACCCUACGGGCAAGGUACCCUAUCUUGAGACCGAGAAGGGCUGCAUCUUUACCUCCAACGCGGUGGCAAGAUAUGUGGCCCGCAGCCGGGGGGACCUGGGCCUCUACGGGGACAGCUUCGACGAGGAGGGCUCUGUGGACACCUGGCUGGACUUCUGCCUGCACGAGGUGGAGGUCCCCUUGAUGGCCUGGGUGUACCCGGUGCUGGGCAUGAUGGAAGAGGUGCCUUCGGCCACCAAGGACGCCCAGGAAGACGUGAAGAAGGCCUUGAAGGUCAUGGAAGGACAGCUCGCGACGAGCGCCUUCCUUGUGGGAGACUCCGUCACCCUGGCUGACAUCGCCUUGGUGUGCGCGCUGAAGGAAGGUUUCAAACGGGUCUUCGACUCGAACUUCCGAAAGCCAUUUCCCAAGACGUGUCAGUGGUUCGAGAAGUGCUGCAAGAUGCAGCCCUUCAAGGCAGUCCUCGGCGAGGUGGCGCUCUGCACCGCUCCGGAGAAGCCUCGGGCUGUGCUGCCAGCCUUUGCACCACCGGCCAGGGAAAAGGGCGACAAGAAGGCUGAGAAGCCGGCAGAGAAGAAGGCAGACGCAAAGCCAGCAGAAAAGAAGGCAGCUGCAAAGCCUUCGGAGAAGGCAGCUGCAAAGCCUGCGGAGAAGGCAGCUGCAAAGCCUUCGGAGAAGGCAGCUGCAAAGCCUGCGGAGAAGGCAGCUGCAAAGCCUGCGGAGAAGGCAGCCGCAAAGGCACCAGGGCAGGCCAAUGGCGCGUCGUCCGGCGACGCAGACCUGGAAGCCAAGAUCACAGACUUGGGUAACCAGAUCCGCACCAAGAAGGAGCAGCUGAAGGCCCAGGGGCUCAGCGGCAAGAAGGCGGACGCGGACCCAGAGGUGAAAGCCAUGGUGGAGCAGUUGCAGCAGCUGAAGGGCCAACGGUGA